AUGUCAAAGCUUCUUAAUGCGCCUUGGAAGAACGUCGAGCGCAGUCCUGCUACCUCCGGUCCCGCCGUCUCCCAGGGUCUCUCUCAACGCACGGUUGGGGAAGGGUUGAAUCAUGUUUCACUACCAGAGUUCCUCCACACGGUGCCCUCCGAAGCCUUGAGACCUGGGAUACGUAGCAAGCCUGCGCAUCACAUCUGGUCACGUUCUUUCUCCAACGAAACUACUCUUUGGACUGCACCGUCUCUUGUCUCCCGUCAGCCCCUUUCGCCGUCAUUUCGUUCCUACUCAACGUUGACAUCUUUGGACCGUCUCCGCCACGCGCCUAGUGUUACAGGGCUUCCAAGGUUACAGCAACAGCGUUUUAUAUUCGGAGGACCAUCCCACGGUUUGUUAGCGCAGAAAGAGAAAACCGCGAACAGCAACCCCAAUAGUGCAAACGCCCAAAAUGCUUUUUACCAGGCUCUUCUUCGAGCCAAUAUGCCUGCGAUUGUUGUUGAACGGUACAAAAGUGGUCAUUUUGCUACUAAUGCUCUUUCGGAAGCGAUUUAUUUCAAGGCCUUACAACGUGUUGGUGGAACCGAUACUGCUGCAUUGUCGGCCGCGGCCGCGGCCUCGGCCCAGGGUGGUAACUCGAAUCUCAAUUCCGAACAACUCCAGGCUAUCGGACAGGCUGUUGCGGCUCAGAACCAUGGCGGUAAUGUCGGUGUGUCGGCAAAGGCAAACGGCACGGGUGCCAAAGAGGCUCCAUUAUACGUCGUCGUGGAGGAGUCGCUUGGCAGCGCCGUAUUCCGAUGGGUGAAGUUCUUGUUGUAUUUUGGCUUCUUCACAUACAUGUCUCUCGUCUUGGUUACUAUCCUUGUGGAAACUACAGGUGUUUUGAAGAAUAUCAAGGGUCCUCAAAACAACGAAGCUCAGCCUCAGCAACAGACUGUCCGAUUCACUGAUGUGCAUGGUUGCGACGAAGCUAAGGAAGAACUCCAGGAGCUGGUUGAAUUCCUGCUGAACCCCGAAAGAUUUUCCUCUCUUGGUGGCAAGUUGCCGAAGGGCGUACUCCUUGUUGGCCCUCCUGGUACCGGAAAGACGCUGCUGGCUCGUGCCGUGGCAGGAGAGGCUGGUGUACCUUUCUUCUACAUGUCUGGUUCUGAGUUCGACGAAGUGUACGUUGGUGUCGGUGCCAAGCGUGUCCGUGAACUGUUCACUCAAGCACGAAGCAAGUCGCCUGCUAUCAUCUUCAUUGAUGAGCUGGAUGCGAUAGGUGCGAAGAGGAACGAAAGGGAUGCGGCUUAUGUCAAACAGACGCUAAACCAGCUUCUCACGGAACUUGACGGAUUUUCGCAGACCAGCGGAGUGAUCAUUAUCGCCGCAACAAACUACCCUCAGUUACUUGACAAGGCAUUGACUCGACCCGGUCGAUUUGAUCGACGGGUAGUUGUUGACCUUCCUGAUGUGCGGGGCCGUAUGGAUAUCCUCAAACACCACAUGAAGGAUGUCCAAAUUAGCACGGAUGUUGAUGUUGCUGUCAUUGCGCGCGGUACCCCUGGUUUUUCUGGUGCCGAUCUGGAGAAUCUCGUCAACCAGGCUGCCAUCUUCGCAAGCAGAAACAAACAGGCAAAAGUUGGCCCGAGGGACUUUGACUGGGCUAAGGACAAAAUCAUGAUGGGCGCAGAAGCUCGUAGCCGGGUUAUCCAAGACAAGGACAAGCUUCUUACCGCGUACCAUGAGGCUGGUCACGCUUUGGUUGCCUACUUUUCGCCCUCUUCUACGCCGCUUUACAAAAUCACCAUCGUCCCUCGUGGCAUGGCGUUGGGUAUAACCCAUUUCUUGCCUGAGAUGGAUACGGUAUCCAGGAAUUAUACCGAGUACUUGUCUGAUAUCGACGUUUCCAUGGGCGGUAAGGCCGCAGAGGAGCUUAUAUUUGGACCUGACAAGGUUACUAGUGGCAUCUCCGCGGAUAUUCAACAAGCCACGGAGACGGCUUUCACCCUGAUAACCCGGUUUGGGUACUCCAAGAAACUAGGAAAUGUCGAUCUUUCCACCAACUAUGACAGUUUGUCCUCUGAGACUAAGCAAGAGAUCGAAAGUGAAGUUCGACGCCUUGUUGAGGAAGCUCGCAUGCGCGCUACGAACAUUCUGACCGAAAAGCGCCAUGAGCUGGAAUUGCUAACCAAGGCAUUGAUUGAGUACGAGACACUGACUAAAGAGGAGAUGGAGAAGGUGUUGAAGGGCGAGAAGCUUGAGAAACUGGAAUCGAGAGUAUCAGCGCCACUCAAACUGCCCGAGGCCCUACAGGCGGCCAGAUUGAAUCCGUCCACCUCGCUGAAGCGCCGCCGACGUCGACUGCGUCGGAUGUUAAUUAAGCGGUUCUUCGAUUCAUCAUUCUCCUAG